AUGACUGGUCAUGUCAAUUUGCUCUUCAUUCAGAUUGAACAACGAAAUUUUGGAGUUAGUCAGAACAAUACGAAAUUUCGUACAUUUUUCUUAUAUUUUUCGGUUGAUAUGGAAACCAUAGAACACAUUUUCAGCUUGUCUGAAAUUUUGAAAAAAAAACUUUUUCUAUAA